AUGUCAAAGCCAUUGGAUUGGGCUCUUGUUGCGGCAAUCGUCGAUCAAGCAUUGCUUAUUCUCCGUACGGUAGCCGACGUGGAAGCUAAGCUCGUGAUGCGCUGCAGAAUGAGUGUCAAUAUUGUCAGGCUUAGCAGAAUAAUUGGAGAACGUCUACCCGGUAUUGUACUGAGAAAUAGCGUUUCUGGGCCAGGAUCAGGAAAGUUGGCCACUAGAAAGACAAGAGACGAAAUCAAUUUCACUGUCCUUGUCGAGGUCAUUGUCUCGGUACAUUGA